AUGGAGCGGCUAACUCGUACUAGAAAUACGAGUAGUUUUGAGUUCACCCCCACAGUAGACAUGCAAUCAGCUUUGGCAAUGGAGAUGUUGGAUGCAGUAAGCUUCGAUGUUGGAUACGACAAUCUUUUGACGGAAAUUCUCAGCAGCUAUUUCAUCGGAGUGUACACCCUCUGCCGAAUUCUCCACAAGCCGAAAAUAUCAACCAAUCCAUCGAUGAACAUACAAACGGAUCGACCAUUUGUUGUGGUCAACUAUGACUCCUCCACUCUAAGUAUUCCAAUGCUGCGGGCGAUUGAGUUAGGAUGUACUGUUUUCGUGGUAGAUGAAGAUGCCACGCAAAUAUUUUUGGAUACCUACAUUCAAACGCACGAUGAAACCAUCUUUCGUAGACCGGAGAAAUACUUCUUGCUUACAAUUCAAUCUACCGGAACGGUUGCUACAUCUCACUUGCAAAUGAUAAAACAUCAUCCAACUCUUCAAGAGAUCGCCAAUUUAUUGAUAGCCGUUUCAAAUGGCACAUCAAUCGAACUACUAACCCAUCAUUAUGUGGGGUGUUUGCCGGGCUCAACAGACCUGCUCCACCUGGAUACUUACCAACCAGAGAACCGAACGUUUCUCCACGGAAAUGAUCUGUUCCCGAACAAAUUGGAUGACCUGAUGGGUAAGCCAAUGAGGGUGGCUACCUUUCAUCUUUUGCCGUGGGCUAUGAUGCGCCAAACGGACGACGGAAUCGUCAGAUAUUUGAAUCAAUCGUACACUAUCGACGGACUGGACGGGUACAUUCUUAUACAGUUCUGUCUCUGGUACAACUGCACAUGGGAGCUGACGGUCGAUCAGAAAAACCAAUACGGAGUUGUGUUUGCAAACCGCACUGGAAACGGAAUGAUUGGUGCUUUGGUCGAACGCAAAGUUGAUUUUGCAAUCGGAGCUGUCGGUGGAUGGUAUCAGCUUUAUCAAUACUUUAGUUUUUCCAACCCUAUAAUGUGGAUUGGAGUAACCUGCCUAACUCCUAGACCAAAGUUGAUUGCAUCAUGGAAAAUUAUAUUCCUCAUGUUUACGAAACCCGUUUGGCUCGUACUCGGUUUGACAUUCAUUCUAUUAGCGCUAUUCGAAUACUUCCUACCUGUACAAACCGUCAUACUCAGGAAGAAAAGUCUAUCUCGUAGUUUUCUAAAUUUGUUUGGCGCUUUCCUACUACUGCCAUCAGAUCUGAGGCAAGGACGAGCCCCUGAGAUUAUCUUUUCAGUAUCGUUGCUUAUAUUCACCUUCCUGGUAGGAUAUGUAUACAUAGGAAAAAUUCACAGCGUUCUAGCGGUUCCUGUGUUCGAACCACCAAUUUCUUCUAUAUAUGACUUGGCCAUGAGUAACAAAUACUGGAAUGCUCCUCACGAGGCUUGGAUGUAUGCAUUGAUCGGAUCGGAAAAUCCUUAUAUCCAAAAAAUCCUGUCAAAAUUCCGCGCAACACCAAUUGAAGCCCUGGAGUCGAUUGCGAAUAUCGGCGAGCAGGCGAUGGUCCUAGCUGUGCUUAACUACGGCCACUACAUGGUCGGUACCUGGUUCACGGCUGAGAACAUCGAAAACUAUCGGUUGAUGUCGGAGAACGUAUACUUCGAGUAUGACACGGCGUACACCUCGAAAACAUGGCCAAUGAUGGACAAGUUCAAUUACAUUGCCGGAUUGAUUCGGGACGCCUGUCUUUAUCAAUACGUCGAGCUGGUGGAUGUCUAUCGUUACAUGAACUAUAGAGUUCAGGUCUCGAUCGAACAUUCGCGGGAUAAACCACACAAUGUCCUGAAACCGUUCGGGGUGGACAGUAUCGAAGGUGGACUACUUCUUCUUGGGUUUGGAUAUCUAACAGCAGCGGCAGCACUGGUAUACGAACUAGUUUCAAGAGAUUUGAAAAGAAAAAAAAUUGCGAGACGGGUGGCUGCCAAGUGGAAAAUGUUGGCUCAUAAGAGAAAGAAUCACAAUUGA